AUGGCUGCUGCAACUCUUGUCUCCGUGCUCUUGUCCGCCCUGGUGGCCUGCUGCUAUGCAGGGGAGACAACCGUGACUCACAAGGUGUACUUUGACAUCGCUAGGGGGCAGUCUGCUGGACGGAUUGUGUUCGGUCUGUUUGGAGAGACUGCUCCUAAGACGGUGGACAACUUCUUCACCCUAUCCACUGGCAGUCUCGGGUUUGGUUACCAAGGCAGCAGCUUCCAUAGGGUCAUCAAGGACUUCAUGAUUCAAGGAGGCGACUACGACAAGAAAGACGGCUCCGGCAUCAAGAGCAUCUUCGGGGGCUACUUCGACGACGAGAGAUUCACCCUGAAGCACUAUGGCCCAGGCUGGCUCAGCAUGGCUAAUGCCGGUCGCAACACAAAUGGCUGCCAGUUCUUCGUCACCUGCAAGGCUACCCCCUGGCUGGAUGGUAAACACGUAGUCUUCGGGAAGGUUCUGGACGGUAUGGACGUUGUGGAGGAGGUCUCCAGCGUGGAAACCGACGACAACGACCACCCGUUGAAAUCCAUCAUAAUAACAGAGUCCGGAGAGAUCGCACUUGGUGAACGAUUUGAUGUAUCUACCACGUACCAUGCUGCUUAGGAUGUCGAUGGGGUUGAAAUCUUCCACUAUUGGAAUUUGUGUUCAUGUAAACGCUUAAAGAUGUAAAGAUUGUGGUUGGAAAAUAAUAUGGCAAGUUUCGAACUGUUUAUGGCGAUGUUUAAAAGUCCGGCCAAUAAUUUAGACUAAGGUGAAGGUCACAGAGGCCGCCAUUACAAAACUAUAAGCUCUCAUCAUCACGCAUUCAAUUGAAUAUGCUUUAUUAUUAGAUUAGCCAAAUUUAUGACGAAAUCAAAACAUAGGUAAACUUUAUAAUAGUGUUUGUUAAAAUAAUCUGAAUUUGUUGCGAAAAUAUUUGGUGCUAUUUACGUCAUCGGUGACACCGGAGAGUAUCUAUUUUACCAGCCUCGAUUAUCCAGCGACAGGAAGUAAUGCCAUACUGGAUAGUCGAAGAUACUUUUUGACAGGAAAUGAUCAUGUUUGGAAUUGUCUGGAGUUAAUAUGUGUGUGUGUGUCUUGUGAGAGAGAGAGAGAGAGGCGAUGUAUUUGAAGGCUGUGUAUCUACAUUUAUUCAUCAUUAAGAUGUAUGAUCUGUGUCUGGGAGCAUGUGUACCAUUGUUGUUGAGAUAUAUGGGGGAUCAAAGGGAUAACGCGUUUGGAAUUGAAACAUUCCCAUUUUAGUCACCCAAAUCUUCGUAUGUUCGAUUGUUUCAUAACUCCAGGCACUAGGAGAAGGUCCUGUAAAAUAACAACGCAGGGCCUAGAUUUUCGAAGCUCUCUUAGCGCUAAGAUAGCCGUAUGUGCCAUACAUUAACUUACGUUUAUCUUAGCGCUACGAGAGCUCCGAAAAUCUAGGCCCUGGAAGGUAACUUAUGGUUUUAAUGAUAAUAACGGCAAGAUGUUUUAUUGAUGAUAACGCUUUCAUCACAUUUGAUGGCCGUUUCUGUGUCGUUUCAAAACCGUCUCACGCAACGGUAAGAAUCUAUUCGGAAACGUCGUAUCACGCGAUAAAGAGGUUGAUGAAAAGGAAUGGUUUACAUAAAGGGGUCGAAAUAUGGCCGAUGCCGUUCACUGCAGCCACAGUGCCCUUCGUCACCACACGUCUCUAUUCGGAGAGUACUCGGCAAAGCCCGGAAUGGUACGAAGUAUAACUGCGAAAAGAGCCGUAGUGAAGAAUGUUUACACAAAUCAAAUCCGUCCUAUAAAGUUCUUUAUUGAUUUGUUAGGAUUUCAAAUAUUUUAUAAAUGACCAGUAAUCUAAUAACGAUAAUAAAUGCUAUUCACAAUGUAUACUACUCAAACUUUGCUAAGGAUCACAAACAUUCGCAACUUUACUUAAAAGUAGAUUUAUAAUUUGAACUUAUAUCCAUUUAAAACUGGAUAAAUAACGAUAUGGUAACA